AUGAGCUCCGACGACCAGUAUACGGGCAUCAGCUUUGAGCUCUAUCGCUACACGCCCUCUCUGGCAGCCGGGAUUCUAUUCCUGGUCCUGUUCACCCUUACCACUGUAUACCACUUAUACCAGGUUAUAUGCAUGCGCUCUUCAUACAUGCUGGUAUUUGUGACUGGAGGUGUCUUCCAAAUUAUAGGGUACAUAUGUCGGAUCUUAGCACAUUACGAUAAAGAGUCCAUCCCGAUAUAUUCAAUCGGAACGAUCAUGAUUCUCCUCGCUCCACCACUCUACGCUGCGUCGAUAUACAUGACCCUAGGCCGACUUAUCCGGUACCUCGACGCCGAGUCGAUCAGUGUCGUGCCCACCAAGUGGCUGACCGGGAUAUUUCUCACGGGGGACAUAGUUGCAUUUGUUAUGCAGGCCGCAGGUGGUGGCAUCAUGGCCAGCGGCACCAUCAGUGCCAUGCACACAGGCGAAAAAAUAACCAUCGUCGGUCUCUGCAUCCAGCUCCUCUUCUUCAGCGUCUUCAUCAUUACCUCGACCAUCUUCCAUUGGCGAAUUUACAAGCAGCCGACUCGCAUGUCCCUCGAUGGGGGUCUGAAAAGCUGGAAGCAAACUUCCUGGGAGACUAUCAUGGUGGUGCUGUACGCUUCCAGCGUAUUGAUCCUGAUUCGGUCAAUUUUCCGGCUCAUUGAGUACGCCCAGGGGAAUGAUGGCUAUUUGAUCAGCCACGAGGUGUUCAUGUAUGUGUUUGACGCGAUGCUGAUGUUCUUCACCAUGGUUGUGAUGAGCAUUUACCAUCCGUCUGAGUUACUAGGGAAGAGAGCGAAGGUAGCGCUCUCCUGCGAUUCACGGGAGACAAGCACCGAAUUACAGCCUGCGGAGUCUGCAUGA